AAGUCUGGUCCCGUGACGCUCAUUCCUCGGGUCCUCUACUCUCAUGCCGCUGCCACCCGCUGACGGGACAUGAAGCAGUUCGGGUCCGCCGAGCUGGUGUCGGACUAUGGUGACUUCGGGAGGCCGCAGGCCCUGCGGGAGGCGCUGCAGAGCUCACCCGGCGGCCCCCGCCUCUUCCUCAGCCCGGACGGACGUUACUUGCUGGUGUGGCUGGGCCCUCAGAGGCGGCUGCUGUCCUUCCUCCACAUCCCGGCCUCCUCACCUCCUCUCCAGCCCGGGGACUACCUGGAGCACAGCUGGCCGGCCCAGUCCCCUCCCCUGGUGGGCCUCCUGUUCCCUCAGAGCCCCGGUCAGGCCUGGACCAUGGCCCUGGUGUGGGAGAACGGCCGGGCCGAAGUAUGGAGCCCUCCCCGGGGCCCCGCCGACCGAUCCUGGACCCUCCUGAGGAGCGCGGAGCUGUGUCAGGGGCCGCGGGCCCGGGUGGUGUCGGCCUGCUGUUGCCACGGCGACGAGCUGCUGUGGUGCGAAGAGCGGACCACCGCCAACCUCCUCACCUACUGCCUGUGCCGCCGGAGCCUCCGAGUCAGCGGGCGCCGCGUCGACCCGGGCGCCAUGACCAUCGUCCUGCACCACAGCCCUCCCUACGACGUCCUGGCCGCCGCCGGACGCGUCUUCAUGGUCCCCCGCUCCGCCGGGCGCCACCCGGUGCUGAUCUACGCCCCCGCGGAAAACUCCGUGACCCUCGCCGGCCUCGCCGCCGGCGUCCUCCACAGCAAAGCCUUGGGCGAGGCAGACGCAGACUACAAAAAGCUGAUCCUGGAGUGCGCGGGGGCCGCCGCCGACGUGGAAAUCCGAUACGCCGCCUCGGGCGACCCCGGGAGCCUGCUGGUCGCCACGGCCGCCGGGCGCAUCCAUCUGCUGCACGGGGACGGGACCGCCCGCCACGUCUACGACCUGAGGGAGAACUUGCGCGCCGACGCGCGGAUCAAGAUGGCGGUUUCCGGCGACACGCUGGUGUGCACGAUUGACUCUUGCUUGUAUCUCAUAGACGUUCGCAGCGGCCGCCUGACGGCGAAGCAAGCGCUCAACGCCGGGGAGGUGCUACUCAUCGACGUCUCGGAGGGCGGAGACGUCCAGUUGAUGACCAACGUUGGAGUUUACAAAGUGGGGGGAGGGAGCGGCGCAGCGACGCCGCCACCACCACCGGCGGAGUCCGCCCUCCUAGACAUGGUCUACGAAGAGGCCUGCAAGUAUUACCAGAGGCGGAGCCUCAGCAGCACUAAACUGACCGCGCAGAGCUUGAAGGAGAACGGCAUGUUCCAGGCCCCCAUCGCCCUGGCCGCCAUCCUCUGCCGCAAAAGCGAGGCCGCCAAGUACGCCGAGCUGCUGGGCAACAUCGACAACGAGCUGCAGAGCUUCCUCAGCCUGGAGCUGCUGAAGUCCCGGGCGGCCGGCGCGCCGCGCCCCGACGUCGCCAGGUGCUGCGACGAGCUGGUGGACCUGGAGCUGACGCGCCUCCUGCAGGCGGACCCGGACAGAGACGGCCUGGCGUACAUCAACUCACUCUUCGACACCUUCCCCAAGUCCGCCUGGGCGUCCGUCCGCAACAACUUCCAGUUCCAGCAGAACGGGGACGGCAAGCUGGUGGUGCGCGCCACCGCCGACCUGUGGAAGAAAGUCCUGAGCCCCCUCCCGCCUUCAGCGUCCCAAAACGGGGUCCACCCGCUCUUCGAGGUCAUCUGCCAGUCCCUGUGCGCCAACAAACCAAAAUGGCUGCCGGGCUUCGUCCAGCACGCCCAGGAGUGCUCCGGCCUCUACCGGAACUUUACCUCCAAGGAGCGCGGCGAGGGGGCGCCGCUGUACAAACGGGCGCUCAACGUCCUCAACAAGCGCAGGGAUAACACUAACGUGGAGCUGGAGGUGGAGAUCCUGCUGUGCAGCGGCAGGCCGCAGGCGGUCAUCCAGGCCAUACACACCCUGAUCCGCCUCCAGCGCUGGCCCCGGGUCAUGGAGGAGACGCAGCGCUACUCGCAGCUCAACCCGCUCAUCAAAAAGGACAUCUUCAUCACGCUGCUGGUGGAGUUCGUCCAGCACAGGCAGCUGGACUCCUACGUGCCGCAGCUCUGCGACCUCUGCCCCGAGGACUUGACCGCCACCGACAUUCUAAGGAUCGUCCUGCAGAACGUGCCCAAGACUCCUCCUGCGGCGGCGGUGCAGCCGCCGUUCUCCACCGACGGCGGGAAACACUUAACCAUGGGCUUGCUGAAGCCUCUGCUAAACAAAGCGCUGCAGAGGCAGUUCAGGAGAGACCAGAGCUUCCAGGGCCCGACUUUUCCCCCCGCGGCCCCGCAGCGGACCAACAAAACCGCGGCCAACGGGGAGGACCUGUCACCCCCGGACAUCUACGCCACUAAAGCCUUGUGAUUUGCUGCCUUUGGUGUACAGUAAGCACGGAUCAACCCCUCCCCCGCUACUCCUUAUUUAUGUUCAGUAUUACUUUGUUUAUAUUUUAUUUGUAAGCUUCAGCCAAUCGCUGCUGGUUUUGGACAAUUUUUUUUUUAUUUGUUUUUUUUGUACGGCUACAUUCACACGGGUGAGGUAGGUGUGAUCAGAGGUAGGUUUGCAAUGUGGAUUUCUAUAUGCACCCUCCUGGGGUUGAUUUACUAAAGCCUCCAUUCACACUCGCGUUGUUACUCCAAUAGUUGUGGAUUUCUAUUGCGACUUUGGCUGUUUGCAUUGACAGCUUGCUGAUGCGACUUUUUGAGAGUUUGCAUUGCAGUUCAAUGGGGUUUCUUUACUAAAACUGCAGAGAAACCAAUCCGCUUCCAGGUUUUAUUGUUAAAGCUUCAUUGAUCAAAGUGAGAUCAGAAGCUGAUUGGCUCCCAUGCACAACACUCUCUAGUUUUAGAAAAUCUCCCUCCUAUGACUUUCAAGUCGCAUCAAAGCGCAGGAACCUUUUUGAGAGUUUGCAUUGCAGUCUAAUGGGGUUGCCUUACUAAGACUGCAGAGUGCAGAUCUGCGUAGAAACCAAUCCGCUUCCAGGUUUUAGUAAAGCUUCAUUGAUCAAAGUGAGAUCAGAAGCUGAUUGGCUCCCAUGCACAACACUCUCUACUUUUAGAAAAUCUCCCUCCCGUGUCUUUCAAGUCGCAUCAAAGUAGCGCAGGAACCCUUUUGAGAUUUUUGCGUUGCAGCCUGGCUCUGUUGAGAGUUUGAAUUGCAGGUCUGUCAAGUUGCAUCAAAGUAGCGCAGGACCCUUUGUAAGAGUUUUGCAGUGGCUUGUAAAAGUUUUCCUGCGUUACUUUGAUGCGACUUGAGAGACUUCAAUGCAAACUCUCACAAUGGUCCUGCACUAUUUUGAUGUGACUUGACAGACCUGCAAUUCAAACUCUCGACAGGGUACCUUUGCCUCUUUGCAGUCUGUGUCCCUCAAGUCGCAUCAUAGUAGCGCAGGACCCUUGUAAGAGUUUUGUAAAAGUUUCCUGUGUUACUUUGAUGCGACUUGAGAGAGACUGCAAUGCAAACUCACGACAGGGUACCUUUUUUGCUUCUUUGCAUUGCAGUCUGUGUCUUUCAAGUCGCAUCAAAGUAGCGCAGGAACCUUUUUUUUUUGAGGUUUG